AUGGCAAUUUCUUCAUUCAAUCCUAAAACCGAAACCUACACUUCCCCAAGGCCCCCUAUCAAGCUCCCAACAAGCCCUGACCUCUCACUCACCUCCUUUAUUUUCCAAUCCACUUCCUCCAUCCCUCAUCACACCGCUCUCAUCGAUGCUACUUCUAACGAAACCCUAACCUUUCUUCAACUCAAAGCUCAUGUUUCGUCUCUUGCUUAUGCAUUACGCCACCAAUUUCACGUUGCUAAACAUGAUGUCGUACUUAUCUUUGCCCCCAACUCAAUACGUUUCCCCAUUUCUUUCCUUGCUAUCGUCUCUCUUGGUGCCAUUGCCACCACUGCCAACCCUUCUUUCACUUUCACCGAGAUAUCCAAACAAGUCAAAGAUUCCAAUCCCAAGCUUAUCAUCACAAUCCCUCAGCUUUAUAGCAAAGUUAGCCAGUUCAAUGUUCCAUUGGUUUUCUUACAAUCAUCAAGCUCCCCCAACUUAUCAUCAGCUAUUCCAAAAUUCUCUUUUUACUCUGAUAUUAUAAAAAACUACGCUGACCAUUUUUUGAAUUCGAAUAACGAUGUACAGCAGAACGAUGUGGCGGCAUUGAUGUACUCAUCUGGAGCAACCGGAACCAGUAAAGGGGUGAUGCUGACACAUAAAAAUUUCAUCGCUUCGACCUUAAAUUUCACUGCCGAUCAAGACAGGUACAUGGAAGGAAGGAGUGUAUGUUUGUGUUUCUUGCCAAUGUUUCAUGGGUUUGGUUCGGUCUUAACGUUGGCACAAUUGAGAAGAGGAAAUGUAUUGGUUUCGAUGGCCGAGUUUGGGCUGGACAAAGUGUUGGGUGCCAUCGAGAAGUACAAGGUCACGCAUAUGUUCGUUGUGCCUCCGGUUAUGGUUUCUUUGGCAAAGCAAUGGCAGAUGAUGAACAAUAAGUCUGAUUUAUCAUCGUUGAAGCAAAUUAUAUGUAGUGCAGCCCCACUGAGCAGAGAUUUGAUCGAGACAUGUGCCAACAUUUUGCCCCAUGUUCAAAUUUUUCAGGGAUAUGGUAUGACAGAAGCUUGCGGGAAAAUUUCAAUGGAAAAUCCGAAGGAAGGCCUUGGUUUCUCAGGAUCAACCGGAAGUCUAAUGCCUCUAAUUCAAGCCAAAAUUGUUAGUUUAAGCACAAUGAACUCCCUUCCUCCAAAUCAGAUUGGAGAAAUAUGGAUUCGAGGACCCACAAUUACACCAGGUUAUUUUAACAAUCCAGAAGCUACAAAGGUAGGUAUAAAUGAGCAAGGAUGGCUACGUACUGGUGAUCUAGGUUAUUUCGAUGAACAAGGACAAUUAUUUGUUGUAGAUCGAAUAAAGGAGCUUAUUAAAUGUUAUGGUUUUCAGGUAAUAAAUUAUUCAUACAUUACUUUAAUAGUUUGUUAUUAAAA